GUUGAAUGGAUAAAACAUGAGUGCAGCAUGUUUCGGCCGGAAGGCAUAGAAGACACUGGAAUCCCGGGGAGAGCGGCAGCGAUGAGGAAUUUCUCCCGAAUCAGAGACAGACUGUUCUACGCUCUCUUCCACAAACUGUCCCACACUUACGCCAAAGUGUUCCCCCCUGCAGUCAGGCGAUGCUUCGAGUUCAUCGUCUUCAUCAAGGCCGUUUGUGCCAUUAUGUUUCUGAUCUACAUGCACACAGUCUUUUCAAACUCUCCCCUGAGCUGUUUGGAGCCAGUACAGAACAACUGGCCCAGACAUGACGCCAUCCUCAGAAUAGAAGUGGUAUCCAAUCUCAGCUUCUCGCCCCAACUGGUCAACGCUCUCUCGGCAGAAGCGCACGAGCGGGACAUACAAAUAGGAGGACUGGGUAGAAAUACGCGCGGAAAUGGCGACUGGAAAUUGGAAAAUGCAGACUUUGAGUUCGGAAAUGUAUCGGAAUGUCCGAAUAUCAACUUCUACAGAAGAAAAGGAUAUAUGAAGUCGAUGUCUCAGUGGUUUGACGUGUUCAUCGACAACUCGGGAACCCGUGAAAAAGUGCGGGCGGUGGAACCGGAGUUGGUGUUCGAGUAUGCUCUGGAGUAUGGCUUCCUGCGUCUGUCCAACAGAGUGCGCAACAAACUCGGAAUCAAAACAGUCACUCUCAGAAUAGAUCCAGAGCAGGAUGCAUGUUUUGGCUCCGGACUCUCCAGGUACAUCCGGAGGGAGGUGUUGGGAGUGGAGGAUUGGCUGCGCAACUCAUUCAAACUACUGGCAUUCGAAGAGGACAACAAACAAGGUUAUCUGAGGAAUGUGAAGACAGACGAGCACUUCAAGUUCAUUAGUGUGCAUGCAACCAGGUCCUCCUACAUUGCAGCCGCAUUUGUAAUGGUCCUCUUUACACUGUCGAUCUCGAUGUUGCUACGGUAUUCACACCACCAGAUAUUCAUCUUCAUCAUCGAUGUUCUGCAGAUGUUGGAACUGAACAUAGGCAUGGUGUUCCCGGCAGCACCUCUGCUCACUGUCAUACUGGCGCUAGUAGGUAUAGAGGCGAUAAUGUCGGAGUUCUUCAGUGAUUCGACGACAGCAUUCUACAUCAUCAUUAUAGUGUGGGUGGCGGACCAGUACGAGGCCAUCUGUUGUCACACGGCUCUGACCAAGAGGCACUGGCUGCGCUUCUUCUAUCUCUACCACUUCGCCUUCUACGCAUACCACUACCGCUUCAACGGACAAUACAGCGCACUCGCUCUAGUAGCAUCGUGGCUCCUCAUCCAGCAUUCAAUGCUGUACUUUUUCCACCACUACGAACUGCCAGCAGUUCUUAACAGGACAGCACUGCUGCAGGCACAGAACCGCAGACUUCAGAACCAGUUCCACCAGCAGCAGAGACUCAGUCAGCCAUCAGGUGUCCAAUCAUCCAGCAGAUCCCCUUCCAAUAUGCAGAACACACCUGCAACCCAAACUGGGGGGCUCCGCCCCAACACAAACACUUUCCACCCCCAAAUUAUCCCCUCUUUGGUCGACCCAACAAGUCUGGAGUACAUCGAGCAUCUACUAGAAGAGCUCAUUCCGGCACGCAAUGGAAUCGUGUCUAAUCAGAAUCAUCCGCAGGAGGUUCCGACUAACAGGUCCGAACCGGGUGUGAUCAGCCGAACGGAACCGACAGCCGCAAUGACUGCUUCAGAAGGCCGCAACAGCUUGCGGGAUCUAGGAACUAGGGAAGCUUCGAGGAGCGAUUUGCGUGUAAGCGGUCAGACAUUUGCGAACAAUGUGGCGCUUUACCCGUUUCAGAGUCUCAUUGUGUCACUUCUGAUACGUCUGCUCAACUUCAUUCAAACGGGAUCUCCUCGAAUCCCAAAUAUACCGAAUGGGCAAAUGGCGUCAAAUCAGUUCAAUGCAAACAACUUAUCAACUCUCAAUAAUGAUAAUACCUCCGACGACCGCGCGGUACAUGGUCAGGAGACUGCGGGAAGCGAGAAUGGUCUCUCAGCUGGUCAAGGUCAGAUUGGUGCCAGUAGAUUCUGUGGAAGCGAGAGAGCAGCGCAACAUCACCGUCGAACUCAAUCUGCCAAUAAUAUCCGAGGAAUCAACGUUGCCGACCAAGCAGCAGGCGGAAUCAACGAAUCAAAUACUACUGAGGGAGUCGCGGCAUAAACAUGUGCAAAUGCUUAUAUAUAAGUUUUAUUCGUGUUGGUGUUUAAAUAAGUAAGUUAGUUCGGGGCUGGAUAUAUUAUUUGUAGUUUCCAGGUCAAUUUAGAUGCACCUGGCUUGAGGGAACGACUGUUUUGACUACCGGAGUAUCAUUACAGUACAAUUUUUUUGAAUGUAAUUAAUUUUAUUCAUCGA